GCCUGUUGGCCCAUAUAUCUCUUAAACCUGCCCUUUGAUCGGAAGUUAGCAGCACGCAACUGGUUUGGUUCUCGCGGCCGUUCUCAGCGGUGAAAAAGGAGCUUGCGGCUGCAGCUUGAAAUCGAGUUACGUAAGUGAAAAAAUGAAUGCAUUCAAGGCUUUCAAAGCUCAAGUACCAAUUGCAUGGAGUCCUAACUUAUACAUAACCUUGGUGAGAGGCAUGCCUGGAACCCGGAAACUUCACAGACGUACUUUAGAGGCGUUGCAUCUUGGAAAAUGCAAUCGGACUGUCACAAAACGGAAUACUCCGUCUCUCAGGGGAAUGCUCCAGCAGGUUAAGAGGUUAAUUGUAAUUGAGACAGAAGAGAUGUACAAGGCUCGAAAAGAAAAUGAGUUAAAGCACCGCGCUCUUCGUCCUCCUUUGGUCAUAAACCACUUGCCUUCGCAGGCAAGCAGUUCUUCUUAGACUAUGUUGUUGUGUUAUGUACUUCUUCAAUGUUCUGCUUUCUGGUCUUAUAUUUGCAUCUACUGUUCCUAAAAUCUAUUUUCAAGUAUCACAUCUGUUCAAAGUAUGACUGAUAUAGGGAAGGGAAUAGAGUUUAUUGGAACGUUAUUUUUCAGUUCAUGCAAUGGAUUUAGUCGCGUAUCCUACUUUUUGGUCUAA